AUCAAACAUGAAACUUCACAAAUUGUUUGGGAAAAUUCCACGGCUUAAUUUACAGAAAGCGCCACCGCCCCGAUCACCUCCGGCCGCGCGCGCGCGGUGUGGAAGGCAGCGACUAUGCGGAGCCGGAGCUCCUCUGACCGGCUCGAGGCGCUCUCCCUCGAGAUCGAGCGCAAGCUGCAGAAGGCUCUGAGCUCCAACUCACAGCGUCUACAGAUACUGCAGCAGUUGUUUGCUGAUAUCGCAUUGAAGGUUGACGAUCGCGCUCGAGAUGCAAUUAUGAGCAAGUACGAUGAUGGCAUUGCUCCAGUAGAUGAACGAGAAGAUGGUUGGCUGUGCUUCUAUGAGAUUCUUGCUAAUCAUUUUGUUAGAGUUCCUGAAAGUGGGAGACGUAUACUUGAGUUGAUAGUGCAACUCUGGAGCCAGUUGUUUGCGGCCAACAUAUUUGCACUUCUUUUCCACAAAUGGUUGUUUGAAGCCCCUUUUGAUGGAAAGGAAAUAUCGCUAAGAUACAGCUCUGCGCUUGUUCAAGGUGCUACAAAUGUAUUUUGGAUUGACAUACAGACAAAUACAAGACACUUUCUCUCUUUGUAUCAUUAUCUCCUUGAAGACGUUGCUCUAGUCCCUGACCGACUUAGUAAAAUAUCAUUACAGGCUGGUAGAGACCUUUUCCUUCUGCUCUCUAGAUUCAUGUUCUUCUAUGAUCAAGAUCACUUGCUUUCUAGUUUCCUUGAGCAUUUUCCCACUUUUCCAAAUUCUUUCUUGGUUGGUGGUCCAGCAGAUUACUUUGUAAUUGAACUCUCUGAUCAGCUUCAGAAGCUAAAAAUCGAGCCAGUACUGCUGCAUUACCUCUCCCGCAUGACCAUACUUCAAGGGUUGGAACUGAGGAUGACUACAAGCACUAGAUUAAAGGCCUGCCUCUACAGCUUCACUUCUCCUGGAGGCCCUACCUACCCAACAAGAGCGGUGCGGCACGCAGCCUGGAAUACAUUGGAUUUGCUUUUCCCUGUUGGUCGCUACCCGAGGCAUGUGAUAAGUCUGUUCUUCCGGCUGCUCUAUCCCUGGUACUGGCCUUCCUCUUGCUGGAACUUCGUCAUGACUUGUGUCAUGACUGUUUACUACUACAUCCUGAAUCUGCUUGUCUCAAGCUGGGAGAACGUUAGGCGGCCCAAUCGUCAAAGAAUGCACAGUGAAUGAAGGCAUGGCAGCCGAAUCAGUAGCAUCUUGUGUUGUUGUUGUUUAUUUCUUUUGUUUUCACGAGCAGGCUAGUAGCUUAUGUGUUUGUUCAAACAACAUUUGCUGUAUUAUUCUCGUAUGUUUGUUCAGUUGUUCAUAUAGGAAAGGGAAAAAGGAACAAAAGGAAAUGAAGGAAAGCAUGUGCAUUUCUGGCUUCCUUUCUCAGGUUAUCUACAGGGCCACACAUUGAAUUAGUUUCUAAGCUCUACUUUAGAAGAGAAAAGAGGACCUAAGAGAAUAUGAGAGCAAGAUGUCUUCAAUUGAAGAUCGCAACGAUGGAUAUCUUUGCUAAAGGUUUAGCAAUAGAUUAAAUGUUUAAAAUUAACAUGUACUAUUUGUUAAAUUUCCUAGCAUCUUUUGAUGUUUGUUGUCUAGGUGAUAGACAUAAUCUACUUUCUGGUUUUGUCUCUUGUGAUAAUGUGCGGUUGAAUUCAUCUUGGGAUGAAGAGGUCGGGACAAUUUCAUUAGUUCGAUCCAUUAUCUAAAAAAUCA